AUGGCGGAGCUAUUGGGAAAGGUCUGGGAUGAAGCGUUACCUACAAUUCAGCGCCGCUCGAAGCGCGUCGUGACCCGGGCGGGACACUCCGGUCGGUGGAGUUUGGUGGCCAGCGCUGCGCUCAGCUGGUCAGUCCAGCGCCCUGGUGGCAAGAACCUGGUGUCCAUGGCCGCUCGUGGUGGCGAGAGCUAUGACGCUCUGGUGAAGGACCUGGAGACCCUCGUCAAGGAGACGGAGUCUGGACUCCCGCAUGUCGCGCUUGGACUUCUGAAGCCCAUCACUGAGAAGUACGUUCCAGACACCAUCGUACAUGCAGAUCUUUGGACCUUGGCUGCCAAUGUGGCAAUGAAGGUGAAGGUGGGCCGUCUCCCGGACGGCGCCAAGGAGAUUGAUCACUUUCGGGCACAUGAGCACAUAGUGUCAAAGGAGCACGAGAGCAACCUCAGCGCACCUUCUGCAGCAGCAGGUUCCGAAGAGACGGAGAACCACCUCCGGCGAUGCCCAUGCAAGGAGGAGCUCAGUGACCUCCGGCGGUUGCCACCGAGGUCUUCGGCAGAUCGUGACAAGCAGGAGGCGGAAGCUUUGGCGCAGCAGCUGGAAGGGCUGAUGCCUGCAGCCGAGGCGCAAACCAUCAAGGCUUUGGCCUUUCGCGCAGCCUGGUUUACUGCCAACCAGCGCCGGUUCAACUUUGCUGAUGCUGCUGAAGACCAAAGAGCUGUAGAGUUCUAUGCCGACCUACUGGCGAGCCUGACCAACCCCGAGCAGGAGAAGAACAUCAAGUCUUUGUCGUUGAAUGCCUCCUGGCAUGCGGCCAACACGCGAUCAAUGCUCUGGAGAGAUGCCCGCGAGGAGCCGAGAAGGAGGGAAUCAAUGCACAGCAGGGACAGCUGCGGUCGCUGA